UCUCCUUUUAGGGUCCUCCAGGUCCACAGGGAGAAAAGGGAGAUCAAGGUGACCAGGGACCACGGAUGGUCUUCCCAAAGAUCAAUCAUGGCUUUCUUUCCGCUGACCAGCAGCUCAUAAAGCGUCGGCUCAUUAAGGGAGAUCAAGGCCAGGCAGGACCACCCGGGCCUCCAGGCCCACCUGGCCCUCCAGGACCAAGGGGCCCUCCAGGGGACACUGGAAAGGAUGGACCCAGAGGUUUGCCGGGUCUACCAGGUGAUCCAGGCCAGCCAGGAGAAAUUGGACUCAUGGGUUCACUGGGGCCUCCUGGUAUCCCCGGAACAGAUGGACUGAAGGGAGAUGUUGGCAUCCCAGGACAGGACGGAAUCCCAGGGGCCAAGGGUGAAAAGGGAGAACAGGGUGAAAAGGGCGAUAUGGGUGAAGACGGACCGAAAGGUGACAUGGGCGAGAAGGGUGAUGCAGGCUCCUCUGCAGCAGGCAUCAAGGGCGAACCGGGAGAACCUGGACGGAGCGGACAGAAGGUAAUCACUAUUAUUUCUUUUGAGUUAAAUAUUUUCACGAAUGAACAGAAACGUGCAACGGACAAGUUCUGUCUGUGCAUACUGAUAAUGUCUGUUCACAGUGUCAAUGCCCAUACCUAGACGUACUCAAUAGAAGGGGAAGCUUUUAUUCCAAGAUAUUUCAAUUAAAGGUUGGUUAUCGCAAAGCCUAGUGGAGUCUGUUGUGCAAAAUAUGUUUUCUACAUUAGAAAGGCUCGGUUAAAUCUGACACCUAAAGCUUAUUGACUAUUGUAGAGCUGUGGUUCAGUUUUUCAGGCAUCACAACCUCUCAGAACACCAUACUAACAUUUGUGGGUAUGUUUCCCCUUUUUGUUUAGGAUUUUUUUAGGCUUGUCUAACUUUACCAGACUCUCGCAUUAAAUAGCUUUGCUUCGGUGCA